CUCUCCUCCUCGGGCUUCGCCGACCGCCGCGCUCUCCCCCGGCAUCGCGACUUCCUCGUUUCACAUCUAUGGCAAUGCCUACUCCUCGGGCGAGCGAUUCUGGGCACCCUCGUGGGCACUCCAGGCGGCACAGGCGAAGAUGGCGGGGCGGCGCUCGCCGCCGCUCUCUCCCAUAUGCGCCCCUUCGGACACAUCUUCGCCUGCGAGCAUGUCUGGCUUCAAUUCCCCGGCACGCACCAACCGCCCGCCCUCUCUCCGCUCGCCGUCACCUUCCUCCAAGUCUCCCUCGCUCUCGACCCGGGGCUGGACGACGCCCCCGUCGACGACGUACGCGAUAGACUUCCCCGAGGUCCCCGCGUCGAUCGUCGCGCGCAUUCGGCGGGAGCCCCUUCCCCUCCCCCACUUCAUCUGAACCUUGCGUCGGAGGAGGGAAGAGGAGGGAGCAGGAGGAAGAUAGUUUGGGCUCGAGAGCCGCCGCCCCGAGAGCCGCUGCUGAGGCACUCAGCGAGGCGCGGGGCGGCGCGAGUCCAAGUAAGGCGUGGGAGUGCACAUGUCUGGUUUUGGUCGCGGAGGACGCGUGGGUCUGCGCUCGUCCUCCGUUCAGAUGUGACCGAAACAGUCAUUACUCACUCCCGCUCUCGCAUUCGAUCUUCGUCCGGAAUCAAUUCCGGUCUCGCCGCCUUCGAUCUCGCCAUCUUCGUUGCAUUUUCCUGGUCUUUGUCCUCGGUCUCUUGGGUUUCGAGCACGCGCUUAUGGCGAGUUUUGGUUCUGCCUUCCCUGGGACUUGCUGCUGCUUGGCUUGCCGGGCUUCCACCCUCGACUCUGGCUCCGGUCUGUUACCUUUUCUCAGGCGAACGCCAGCUGAAGCUGCCUUGUCGGAACUCGGGAGACGCGCAUUCCGGUCUAUCAUCAUCUCGGAGGCUGUCCGACAAAUGGACACCAGCACUCACUGCCCACUGGAUACGUGGAAGACUCGUGGACUCGUCGGGGUGCUGUUUCUCCUUUCGGAUCGGUGGUCUCCGUCUAGGGCGUGCUUCUGGCUGUGGUGGUUAUCUUUUGCAAUCUGUCUGUUGUCGUGCUUUCGCCGGAAUGAAAUGAUCUUUGCAUGAUUGCCGUGGAGAUGUUAGACGCAGGACUCUCAACACCUUCCGUUAUCUUGGAGCUUGCCCGCACAAUCGAUCCC